AUGAAGCAACAACUCCAAGAUCAAUUAGUCGAGCUGCGACUAUGUCUCGAAGCGCUGCCAACGCACAUCCCUGUUCCACUAGCAGCAGAAUCCAGGUACAAAUUCUCCGACUUCAGCACGGAUGCCGAAUGGGCUGCAGACAUUGGCGAGGCUGGUGCUCGAGGACCCGAAAUAGAGGCCGUCGUAGAUGUUUUGGAAACAUGGAUUGAAAAAUGUUCAGGUGACAUCAUCCUUGAGAAGUGGGUGCACGACAUCCUCGAAGCUGCACAAGGUGCCAUUCUCGUGGCAGGAAAAGAUGUGAAUUAG